ACACGCAUAGCAGAUAGAAACAAUAUGCGCGGAAUUCAUGCUGCCAUGUUAGUUUCAACGGCACUGGUUUUGAUUUGGAUUGUAAAUGCCGAGGUGUACUCCGCGCAGGCUCGUAGCAAACCAUCUGAAAACGAACGAGCCGAUACUGGUCCUUAUCCAUGGCAAGGACAUUUAAGAGCAAUGGCGGGUUCGGUAAACAAGAUCUAUUGUGGUGCCUCGCUUAUUGCUCCCAAGUGGGCACUCACAGCCGCGAGAUGCAUCGACACGGCAAAAGGAAUAAUUCACAUCGUCACAUUUGGCAAGAUUGUUUCGCAAACUCCUCUUGUUGGCUCGGAACAGAGGACCGCAACUCAUUUGAGACACGAACAAUUUGACGAGACCAAUAUGCUGAACGACAUUGCUUUGCUCACGUGGACUAAGGAAAUCACCCCUUCGGAUCACAUCCAACCAAUCGCUCUUCCUCGACCUUUCGAAGAUAACGAGGCCACAUUUAUUGGCGAAACUGUGUCUAUAAGUGGAUUCGGACGAGCAGAAUCAAAUAGCCUAUAUGUGGCCGACCAGUCGUUAUGUGCUACCUCGUACAUCAAUUUCGCACCAAACACAAACUUGUGUGCAAAGGCAAAAGUUAUCGACCAAUCAACCUUUUGUCUCGGUGAUACUGGCGGACCAUUGGUCUACUUGAACGCAACAUCAAACACUCGCGUCCAAAUUGGAAUCGCCUCACACGGAGUAAUGAUGUGCUCGCCAGACCCAUCAGUUUAUACUCGAGUCACCGCCUAUUUGCCGUGGAUUGAAGCCAAUUCUGGAUACGAUAAGAAUCAAUUUUAGAGACACCACCAUGAGCUAAUAUUUUGGGAUAAUUGUAUUCCUUUUUAUUACAACUAUUAUACAUUUUUAUUAGAGCAUUAACAUUGGUAAUCAACAAUAAAAUUUAUCGUAAUAAAUAAAUAAAUUAACACAUUAAAUUAGAUAAAAUUGUCCGGGUUCAAUUAGUUCGUGUUCAAAUACACGCGCUCAAAGCGGCCUUGCUCACGGCUUAACAAAUCAAAAGUGUGCAUCAACACUGUAAUCUGUAAUUAAUAAAACAAUUCCUCGUUAAAUACAAUAAAAUAUAAACUAAUUUAAAUACAAAAGCACUGCACAUAAAAGGACCUCAAUUCUGAGCUUGCUCCGAGGGUCAAUUUA